AUGGCAUCAGGUGAUACUCUGAAUACUGGAAGUUAUAUGCAACGCACAAUUACCACAUUUGAUAUUAAUGAUAUCAAAUCGCUGUGCAUCAAACACAUUCCAGAAUGGAAUCAACACAGAAUUGGAGACCUAUGUGUGAAUAGAUUCCACAAUGGGAUAAUGAAUUAUGUAUUCAAAGUCACUAGCAUUAAAGAAUGUCGCGUGAGUGACGUGGUUUUUAGGAUUUUUGACUUUGAUCCCAAAUCUACUGUUGACAGGCAAAGGGAAGAUAUAGCGUUUGAACAGGCCGGGAGGCUUGGAUUAGGGCCUAAAGUACUAUCACGAUUGAAGGCAUUGGCGAUAAAUGGCUGUAGAAUUGAAGAGUAUUUGCCUAAUGAUUGUUUCACUAGGGACGGGUUUUUUGACCAAAAGCUUGUGGCCAAUAUUGGUCUAUGUAUUGGAGAUUUUCAUUCAAAAAUGACAGGGAUAUUUCCGGAUUGGAAUAAAGUUACUGAAUUGGAAAGGUGUUUAAAUGAUUGGUAUAAUGAAUGUAUCUCAUAUCCCGAACAUACUAGUAUUUUUGAUUCUUCAAAAUUAAAAAUUGAAAUAGAAAAUUAUCUAAAUGAACUUAAGAUGAGAAUGGUUACGGAGAAUUAUGCUUACAAAAUUGUAGUGUCACAUAAUGAUGUAUUGCAAUUUAACAUAUUGGUACGCAAGGAUGUAGAUUGUGUUACGUUAUUGGAUUUGGAAUUUGUAGGCUAUAAUUUUGCUGGUUAUGACCUUGCUUGUUUUAUUGGAGCAUCUCACUUAAUAUUUGGAACUCCUAAAGUAUUUCCAUUUUUAUCGAUUCACUCUGAUAUGGUUUAUCCUCAUCAGCUAACCGAAACACUUGUAAUGAAUUAUUUAAAUGCCUCUGGCGUAUCAUAUGAUGAGAAUUUCCUCACCACUUUUAUCAUGGACCUUAAAUUUUUGGAGUUAGGGUGGUGGCUCAAUCGUAUCCUCUUCAUAGCAACUAGAUCAUUGAAAGAUGUGGACCAGAGAAGAAAAGAUGUGAUGGCCGAAUUUUCUCGGUUAAUAUGUAAAACAUAUUAUUACAAGAAGAAUUAUGGCAUUUCGAACAACUACUUCAACUACUAA